UUUCUUACCUAACUUUGUCUUGAUAUCAACGAACCACAAACCGUUUUCCCAUUUAACUCUUUCCUCCACUCUUCAGUUUGUUCUAUCCACCAGUUUUCUUGUCUAUCUGUUACUCUCUCUUUAAACUUCAAACAAUUCCCUAUAGGCAGAAUCAAGAAUGGGUCGUUUCUGGACGUUGCUCUCAAACCUUCAUUCAUUAGCCGGGCCUGUGGUGAUGUUGCUGUAUCCCUUAUAUGCCUCGGUGAUAGCUAUAGAGAGUCCAGAAAAGGAUGACGAUGAGCAGUGGCUGGCUUAUUGGAUUUUAUAUUCAUUGCUAACUCUAUCAGAGAUGGUGCUCCAAUCAGUCUUGGAGUGGAUACCGAUUUGGUACUCUGUGAAGCUGCUUUUUGUGGCAUGGCUGGUUCUACCCCAGUUCAGGGGUGCAGCUUUCAUAUAUGAAAGAUUUGUGAGAGAGCAAAUCAAGAAAUAUGGGGUUUUGACAGAUCAUCACGGUCAUCAUAGCGGUUCUUCAAAUGGGAAGCGCAAGAAGAAAUUUGUGCAGUUCAUCGUCCCCAAGAAGGGGGAUCAAGAGGCUUACUGAGGAAAACGGUAGUGCCUUGGUUGGUGGAUCUUCUGUUACUUCCUUUCUACUUCAGCUCUGAUUGGUGGUUUCUUGGGUGGUUGUAAAUGCUUACGCCUUGUACAAGUUUAUGGCUUUGAUCUUUGAAGGUUUUUCAGACCUUUGACAUGUGAUGAAUAGGAAUGAGAUUAUGAAUGCUUGGAUUAUAUGUGGAUUAAUCCUAAUAAUUGACCACCUAAAUUUCACUUCAAGUCUCGAAACAAUAACAGCUGUUGUUGCCAACCGAAUAUUUAUUCAGAUGCAUAUUAGACGGCAUGCAGGAGGAUUAAAUUUUAAAUUUUUUAAAAAAUUAGGAUUUAAGAAAACUUAUCAGAUCUGAGGCAUUUUGCUAAAUACAUGUGUUACUGUAAUCCAAAUUGUGAUCUUCGUUGCAACAGCUGAUUGCCAAACAAUAAGGCUUAAGCUUUAGAAUUCAGAAUAUUAAGAAGGAACCUAAGCCCUGCGUGAGAUGAGACAUUUUGCAAUAUGGGUCUCUAUUACUUCCUGGGCCUUAAACAGUGAAAAGCUGGGAAAUAAGCCCUGAGCUAAAGGAAGGUUAAACUUACAAGUUAUAGGUAUUGUUGGGCCCCGUAAAUUCAUGGUUCCCAUUGGGAAUUCGAUUUACAAGGUUCAGCCUGUCACACGCCACCCCUAACUUCCUUUGGUCCAAUGAAUUUGCUUGUGAGUUCAUCAUCUUCAUAAUUUGAGUUUUUGCAUCACAUUUGGAUCAUAUAGAAAUGCUGCUUCAGUAAGGAAGAAUCAAAGUGACAAUCAAAGUGUCAUGAAGUUUUCUAAGCGUGGUGAAAACAAGAACUUCGAGACCAAAAUCGACAUGAACAAACCAACAGGAAAGAUCGUCAUAUCAAGUUGCAUAUCUAUACACGCUCUGUCAGAAAAUUAAGUUGAAGAUCUACAUCUGUCUUGUACUUACAGGUUUGAGGCAUCUGGAUCCUUCGCCAGAAGGAGUCAGAACUCUUUUUCUCAAUCUUAUGAGGCAGCUUUGGCAAAUGGUCUUGAGACAGUAAAGGAAAGGAUUGUGAAAACGGCAGAAGACUAGCUCGAAAGUCAACAUCAAUAAUGCUUUGAUUAGCCUGUCAAAAUCGACACCAAAAGGAAACUCCCCCACAUAAAUCUAGCAGGCCUUGCCACUUUACAAUACCUAAUAAAGUUGCUCUAUAACUGAAAAGAGUGGUAAGCUUGGACACUUGGUCCAAGUAGCUUGUUUACUUACUCUUCUAAUCGAAUUAUUGCUAUAAAAAAUUUCCAAGAAUCAAUUCAAUUACUGUCCGGAAUACCAUGGGCAUGCUCUUGAUGUUGCCAAGCAUGAAUACAAAGCCGAACAGGUUAAUUGAGAUUUCCCAU